UUUUUUUUACCUUGCAAUGACGUAAAUGACAGAAUUAUUUUUUUAAUGUCGUCAAUUUUUCUCCCAGUCUUCACUCUUUGCACCAGCGUUUCACUUAAACCCCAUUCAGCUCUUCCCCUACAAUGUCACCCGUAAUACUUGUGUUGAAUGCUGGUUCUUCCAGUCUCAAGUUUAAACUUUUUACCUAUCCGGAUCUUUCGCAAGCAGCAUAUGGUAAUGUGUCCGAAAUUGGAACCGACCAAAGCAAGUUCACGGGCACCGUAUCAAAGAGUGACCAGAAAGUCGAAAAGUGUGAAAAAAUAAAUGACCACAGACAAGCUGUCAAAUACAUAUUACAACUUAUUACCGAUCAAAACGUUUGCGAGACAAAAGAUAUUAAGUACGUCGGCCAUAGAAUCGUCCAUGGCGGAAAUCAUCGAGCUCCAGCAAAAAUCACAAAGAAGGAACUUGAACAACUGGAUAAACUUAACGAUUUGGCCCCUUUGCAUAACAGCAGAGCUGUAAAGGUCAUCCGACUGGUUCUUGAAGAACUCCCAGAUAGUGAGAACGUUGCCUGCUUUGAUACCAUGUAUCACCAAACCAUCCCAGAGUACAUUUACACCUACCCAGUUCCGAAGGAAGCCGCCAAGUCAAAGAAUAUUCGUAAAUACGGCUUUCAUGGUCUCUCUCAUUCAUACGUCGCAGAACAAGCUGCCAAGUGCUUAAAUAAACCGCUAAAGGAGACGAAACUUAUCAGUCUUCACCUUGGAAGUGGAAGUAGUGUAUGCGCUAUUCUACAUGGCGAAAGUCUGGACACCUCGAUGGGUCUUACACCGUUGUCUGGCUUACCAGGAGGGACUCGGUCUGGUGAUAUUGACCCAAGUGCAAUUUUCCACUUCAUUUCCGACCCGCAACACAUUGAAAAGGAAGAAUUAUCCAGGGCAGAAAAGGUUUUGAACAAGGAGAGUGGGAUAGCUGCCAUCUGUGGCACCUCCAACCUAUCCGAAAUCACCAAGAGGACUGACAGUGAUGCUCGUCUAGCUUUGGAUCUUCUUGUUAACAGAAUACAAAACUUUAUUGGUGCCUACUUCGUGGCACUGCAAGGCGUGGAUGCUAUCAUUUUUACUGGCGGGAUAGGAGAGAACUCGGAUAUUGUACGUGCAAAGGUGGCGGAACGCUUGAACUGUUUAGGUUGCAAAAUUGAUAGUGAGAAGAAUAGAUUCAGCAGUGAUCAACUGAAAAGUGGCCCUGUGAACAUCAGUGGAUCUAACAGUACGGUCAAGGUUCUUGUCGUGGCCACUAACGAAGAAUACCAAGUUGCUACCGCCAUAGUGAGUGGAUAGAUGGGCGUAAAGACAAUAUUAUUAGCAUCAUGAAUAAAACCUAUGCACUAAAACGUUCCCCCUAUCUAAA